GUAUGUCAUACAAUCUUCAUAUCGUAAAAGGGCUAAAUAUUUCCAAGAUCAGUUGAACUUAAGAGAUCAUGACACCGUUGUCUGGCCAGUCGAAUAUGCGUACGACUACAUGCCGACGAGCGAACAACACUCGAUCCCGCUUUCGAUCGAUCUCUCCAACUUUCCUGACCUUGAAGCUCAGUCGAUCGAUGUAAAGGCUAAUCUCAGCCAAAACUAUCCCGACGUCCACUUUCCCAUCCAGAUCAACGAGAAAAUCAACUCAAAUAGUAUUCCCGUUUUCCCUGUUCAUGCCAAUCUUCCAUGGCGCUCUUCAAUCCAUCACGUCCGCCAAAGCGUACACUGGAGAGCCAGCAUUGAAGCAACACAAAAACUACUUCAGCUCUUUGCUUCUGAUACAACUGCAAACCAGGUGUUUAAAGAGGGGGGUAAAUCAUAUGCUGAAGUAGCGGCCAUAGAGUUAUCCAAUCUGCAUUGUAACUGGACUAGAUUCAAUGCAUACUUGUGGCCAGCUUUGAAUGAGAAGAGAAUACGACUCAUAGCAGAGACUAUCGUUUACAUUUUCAUCUUCGAUGAAAUUUGGGAAAUGAGUAAUGCGACCACCAUCCAGAGGAUACAAAAUGAAUUUGUAUCACGACUGAAGUCUCGUGAUAGCCACCCAGAUGAUAGAGCAACGUCGGAGCUGCAAGAAGCUCUGUUUUCUACAAUCCAAGGACUUCACGAAGAGGAUCACAUCGACGGGAACGGAGGAGCUGACGUAGCCGCAGCAUUGCUACAGUUCAUCAAUCACCCUCCACCACCCACCAAGUUCAAUAACUUACGAGAAUUCUUAAAUUACAGGAUAAUCGAUGCAGCUGCGUUUUACACUAUAACAUGCGCAAAAUUCUCACUUUGUUCGAGUGUCGAACUAUCCAGCCUUAGAAUUGCCAAUUUCCUAAGGUUGCUCGAGGAUCACGUAGCAAUAGCAAACGAUCUUUACUCAUUCGCGAAGGAGAAAAAAGACUACUUACGACACAAAGUCCGCUAUCUCAUAAACACGGUUGAAGAGGUCCGGAAGACGUUUGCACUGGCUGAUGAUGAGAGUGCGAUAUUAGUCACAUUAGCGAUUCAAAUCGAAGUGGAGAAAGCAAUGGCAAAAGAGCUCUUACGACUGAAUUCUAACAGCGAAGUGACGGAAUCCGAAAAGGAGCUGGUUAACGCGCUGGUCUUCUUAGCAAGUGGGAAUAUUAUGACGUCAAUUACGAUGUCUCAUUAUAGAGCCAUCGCUUGGACAUUGACAACAGCCGAUGUUAUGCUCGUGGUCGGCCGAUUCCGAAUUCAUUGGCGAAAAAAUAGACGAUUCGGAUGGGACGACUAUUUGAACGGUCUCGCAUUGAUAUUCCUUUUUGGUUUCAUCAUCACUUAUCAAUUAUUUGUACCCAUCGAAUACAAUGCCCAGCUUUUAGCUUUGGGCAUGGGUGGCACGCCUCCAACUGAACGUGAUAUAGUGCUGGAUAUGAAGUUGAAUGUUACAAACGGCAUAAUGUUUUGGUGUAUCAUAUACAGCGUCAAGGCUAGUUUUCUGUCACUCUAUUGGCAGAUAUUCGAAUUCUCAAACGGGUUUCGUGUGUGUUGGUGGCUCGUUACUGUGUAUACUGUUCUCACUUUCUUGAUCACAAUACCAUCAUGGUUCUGGAACUGCGGCGCACCACAGGACUUCCUCAACAUGGAAUUGUGCAACAAUCGGUCUAGACAGCGGACUCUCAGUCUUCUUGUUAUGUGGUGUGUGCUGAAUGGACUUGGAGAUCUGUUUUUGAUGGCAUUACCAAUCGCCAUGCUAAGAAGUAUGAUGAUGAAGACGUCUCAGAAGAUUGGUAUUCAUCUGGUUUUCGGUAUCGUUCUGAUCAUCAUUGCUUUCGUCAUCUUGCGCACUGUGUUCACUCUUCAAAUGAAACCGGAAUUUCAAGAUGAAAACGCGAUUUGGGCGAUACUCGAAUCCACGAUUGCAGUCAUGGUCUGCGCACUACAAUGUUACCGAGGCCUUCUAUCUUGGAGUGCAUCAUCUUCCUCUAUCAAUUCUUUCAUCUUCUCGUUCCGCGGGUUUUCGAACACAUCAAAGAGGGAUGUCUCAGAUGGCCCGGUCAAAGUUUCUCCAAUGAACAAUAUUUCAGAAGCUUCAUCAUAG